ACACUUUCAUCCAACCUCUUCUCCCGCCUAUGUAUUCCUCUUGCUCUCGCAUUCGUGCGUUGUCAUUGUCAGAAGUUGGUUUUGGCGCAGGAGCAGGAGAUGGUGGUUUGGCAGCGCCCGUGCAAUUAUUAAUGCCACCCGAUCUCGAACUUUUACUAAGUCACCUCAAGACGGAUGAAUCGAGGGAGCGUGUAUUCGUAGGCGCCCUUAUCGUCUGUUGUUUCCAGCGUGACUGGGAGGGAUAGAUGAGGGGAUAUGUCUCAGGCGUCUUAGCACGCGCGGCUCUUGCAGAAGGCUACGUCCUAGUUUCUGUUAGCGCAGCUCUACUCCCCAAGGACGGAACUCGUAUUCAUGUGGCACGACAAUCGCUCCUUCCUUCUCUCAAUCCUUACCCAGGACCACCCAGCAUGUCCCUCGCCCCAGCUCUCGCACACCUCGAGCGUUCUAUCCCCUGCGCCCAUCUGUUGAAAUACACACGUGCGGCUGUCAUGCGCAAUCCUGAACUGCGCGAAACGCGCAGCAAGAUGCUUGGGAGAGAAGAUGAGGCGGUGCAGAGGGCAGUGCUAGGGAUGAGGCUUCGGAUUGCUGAUGCUGAGGUUGGUGAGGAGGGGAAGUUGAGGAUGAGCGCGAGGAUGGCGAUAGAGGUCUUUUGAAGGGGUUGUUUGUUACCCCUGUGGGUCCUUGAGUGUCACCAUCGUGUUUGAUGCACAGUAAUUUGUGUGGUUUGUGCUGUUGGUAGAUUAGCUACAUCAUUAACGUCCAUGAUACGUG